AUGGCACUUGAACCAGUAGUAAUUAGUCUUCGCAGAGCAACAUCAGAUAAAUCCUGGGGAUUUGUAUUACAAGGUGGUGUUGAUCAAGGCUUGCCAGUAUUUGUCCAUAAAGUUACACGUAAUGGAAUAGCUCAUAAGUCUGGACUUGAACCUGGAGAUGUAAUAUUGAAAAUAUGCGCAACUCCGAUCACUGGGAUGAUACAUGCCCAAGUGAAAGCUGAAAUUUUAAGAGCUGGUAACGAUUUAGAUUUUAUGGUUAAAAAACGUGAUUUCAAUGUGGUUGCAUAUAAUCAAACAAUGCAACAAAUUGCUGCUUCUAAUCGACCAAUUGAUGUCGCUUCAAAUUCACCUGAACCACGUGCUGAAAUAGUUGAAGAACAUUUAUGGCGACAUGGUGGUCCAACAUUUAAAAAUGUUCAACCAAAAUCAUAUAAAAUCCUUGAACAACAAUUACCGCAAUCAAGUAUGGGAGGUCCUGCACCGGGUUCUGUAUUCGAUCGUAGUAUGGAUGAACGAUCACCAUAUUUACAAGCUACUGAGCAAACUAUUCAAAAAGCUUAUGGCGAGUCCUAAGUCUACAAAUUAACAGCUAAAUACACAUUUUCUUUUCUCAUUGUUCCAAUUAAACAUGCUGUGCCAUAAUCACCUGUCUUUAUAAUAUGUUCAUUCAUCUGCUUGAUGUAUUUAGAUAUUAAACUUUCUAUUUAUAUUAAAUUAUUGCUAACACUAUUACUGAUGGCAUUACAUCAUAUAAUAAACCAUAUUACUCGCACCUUUUCCCCCUAUUUUCCUUUCUGUCUAUCUUUCUGUUCCCCAAUCUAUUAACUAUCUAAAUAGAUUAAAUUGUCUCUACUAUGAAAGAUUAACAUCUUUACAAAACAGAUAGAUAUGAAUACCCUUAAAAAGGAAAUACAAAUAAUUAAUUUUCCUUCUAUUUUAUUUUUUAUACCUUAAUCUUAUUUGCUCUUUCAGUCUUCCUGCCUACACUAUAAAAAGAAAACUUACUAAAGUUUCCUAGCUUAACGCCUGUUUUAGUAAAGGUAAUCGUUUUAAUAUUGGAUAAAUUGUAUUUGAAAUGUAUGUUCUUUAGUAAGAUGCAAUACUUUACCAUGUAUGAUAUAAGACAAACAAUAAAAUUGUAAGAAUUAAUUAUUUUGGGAUGGAUUCCUUGGAAAAAAAGGUAAACUAUGCCAGUAAAUAUAGUUAUUAUCAUUAGAU